AAAAUGAACACUCAUAUGACUUGUUUGUUUUCUUUGUAUACCCGUUAUUGUUAUUAUUAGAGCAAAUUGCAUAUAACCUACACAAGAGGAAAUUAACUAACUCUAAGCCUAACUUUACAUUUUUGCCAAAAACUGAUAUGACAAUCACAAUUCUGUGUAUAUAUAAAAUAACGGAGCAGUAAAAAGUGUAUCUUUGUUAAAUGUGUCAUGCAUAAUCAGAAAAAUCAUUUGAUAAAGGAGAAUGAAAGGAAAGGUGAGCAGUUUGCGGACAGCUGCUGACUGGAGCAUGCGCAGUAUCGCCAGUGUUGCAGGGUCAAGUUUGAGCCAGAACAAGACCGGACGUUGUAUACAUUUGCUUCAAAUUAAAAGCAUAGAAGCCCUUUGGAAUGCUGUAAAUGUAUAUAGAUUUUUUUAUAGGGUAAUCAUAACCCUGCCAAGUGGCUUGAUACGCGUUUUGUUUAUCUUUGUACACUAGGUAUAUUCAUAACCAAAAGAAUCCACAAUAAAUGGACAAAUUAAGCAUUUUAAUUAAUGCAUAAUAAAAAGAUCAACUUAACAAUUCAAUAAAUAGUACGGAUGUCGGGUGUAUUUUCUAAACACAAUUGUUUUCCUAUAUGGUGCAAAUGAUCCAUAUCAAUCAUUCAUUAAAUAACAAAUUAUUGACACAAGUAGUGUGUAAUGUUUGUAUUACUGUUAUUGUGUACUGUCCAAAUAUGUGGACACAUUGUAUUUUUAUGCUUUGGCAGCAUUGUUCUUGAAACUUUCAUGCCAUUAAAACUCUUUCAAUUUGAAUUAGUGGGCAUUUCACAUAUAUGCAAAUCUGUCAUGUGUAACACAUUUUAAUAGCCCCAUAUUGUUUGUCUUUCAGAAGUGUGUAUAUUAUCUUACAUAUGCACAUCAGUUAUGGCCAUUUCAUUUCUAUUAAUUGCCAAAGAUAAAUCAUUCUCAGUUACUUUGACAUUCAAAAAGGGUUGAGGAGGAUUUUAUUGUGAAAUAUGCAAGCGGAAGCUUAAGGUUUCAUUGCGGGCGUGACACUAGCGUAUUGCAUUAGCUAGAAAAAGAAUGGCCUCAUCGUAGUAAAAUACUAGUAUGUCGUCUGUAUUUAACGUCAUAUUCAAGAAGUCAACAGAGCGGACCAUGUAAGCUCUUAGCUUGACAUAGUUGUCUGAUUCAGAAGAGCUUUGUUACAUUACUUGACGGGGCAGCUCGGUAGCUAACUGACGUUAGCGUUGGACGAGGACAGCGGCAAGCGAUGACGCUCAGGAGGAUCCGCCGACAUCCUCUGACAUGUCCAGUUUUGCUCGCCAUCUUUCUGCUCAUUUUGAGUGUGCAGUUGGUGAGAGCAGCCUCUGAAAAUGACCCCUACAAAAUCCUGGGUGUCAGCAGGAGUGCGAGUCAGGCAGAAAUCAAAAAGGCAUACAAGAACCUCGCCAAAGAAUGGCAUCCAGACAAGAACAAGGACCCUAAAGCUGAGGACAUGUUCAUCAAGGUUUCUAAGUCAUACGAGAUUCUGUCUAAUGAGGAGCGCAGGUCCAACUUUGAUCGCUAUGGGCAGAUGGAUGAAAACCAGCCCUUCGGCCAGUCACAGCAACAAGGUUUCCGCGGCUUCCACAACAGCUUUUACUUUGAUGAGUCUUUUUUCCAUUUUCCCAGAUCCAGGGACUUUGCGGACAGCAAGUACCUGCUUCACCACGCGCAGUUUAACAGCGAUGUCCUUCCAGACAGCCACAAAAGGCCGUACCUAAUCAAAGUGACCUCUGAGUGGUGCUUUGCGUGCAUCCACAUUGAGCCCGUGUGGAAGGAGACGGUGCAGGAGCUGGAGCCGCUGGGUGUCGGCAUUGGGAUCGUGGACCUGGGUUAUGAGCGCCGCCUGGCCAACCAGCUGGGAGCUCACCGUGCCCCCUCCAUCAUCGGGCUGGUGAACGGCAGGGUGACCUUCUUCCAUCAGGCAGUGACACGGGAGCACCUGCGACAGUUCAUUGAGGACCUGCUUCCCCAUAAACUGGUGGAAAAGAUCACAGAUGACAACUACCUUGCUUAUCUGGAUAGCUGGCGUGUGGAAAAUAAGCCCAGCGUUGUUUUGUUUGACCAAGUCCCUGUUGUUCCUCUACUCUAUAAAUUAACAGCGUUUGCCUACAAAGACUACGUCCGUUUCGGCUUCGUGGACCAGGGUGACACGCACAACACUCGGCUACUGCGGCAGUUCAACAUAAACACGUACGCCCCCACCAUGCUGCUGUUUAAGGAGGAUACUGAAAAGCCUGUUGACAUCAUCCAGGCCAGAGGGAUGAAGCGACAGAUCAUGGAUGAGUUUGUCUCCAACAACAAGUUCCUGCAGGUGCCACGGCUGGUCAACCAGCAGCUUUUUGAUGAGCUGUGCCCUGUCAAGCAGUUCCACCGACGGAGGAAGUACUGUGUGCUGCUGAUCACAGGGGAGGACCAAGCCUUUCUUCCAGGCAAUAAGGCCUUCCUAGACUUCGCAUCAUUUAACCAAAAAGACGUGCUGAGGUUUGCGUACGUCUACCAGCGUCAGCAGCAGCCUCUCUGUCAGGCACUGCUGCAAAAUCAGGCUACACUCUCACCUCAGGUCGUGAUUCUAGAGAGGCGGAGCCAAGCCGGUAAGGUCAUGUACCGCUCUGUGAGUGGUGGCUGGAACGGCAGUGAAGAAGAUAAGUACCGCCUCCACGAACAGCUGGAGCUCCUUCAGAAAGACCCCACCUAUCUGAGCUCAGACGCCACCCUGCCAGAACUCAACAACGAGAUGGCCCCCAUUUUUAUUAUUCAGUGGAUGAAUGCUGCCUAUGAUUACAUCCUUCAAAUAUAUGAUGACCUUCUCUACUCAAACUGGCGAGAGAUGAUGCCCAUCCUGUCGUUGAUCUUCUCAGCUCUCUUCAUUCUUUUUGGCACCGUCAUCAUUCAGGCCUUCAGUGAGCCAGGUGAGAGCAAACCCCGGAAACCAAAGCCAAAGGAGCAAGGGCAAACAGAGGAAGACGAAUCAAGUAGAGCCAGUACUUCAAGCCGUCCUCCUAAGAAGGACUUUGUGGAAGUGACUGAGCUGACGGACAUCACCUACAUCAGCAACCUGGUGAAGCUGAGGCCUGGCCACAUCAACGUUGUACUAGUGCUCACCAACGCCUCCAAGAAUGCCCUGCUUAGGAAAUAUGCCAAGGAGGUUUUUUCUUUCUCUGGCACUCAGACCCUCCACUUCUCCUUCCUCAACGCUGAUAAGCACCGUCACUGGAUGCCAUCACUCCUUCGCUCGACCGCUGACGCUAUGCAGGGCGAGGGCCAUUCGGACGAGGAUGAGGAGUCUCCAGACUACGCUGGCCACGUCCUGGCCCUCAACGGCCACAAGAAAUACUUUUGCCUCUUUAGACCCGUCUUCACAGGGGACGAUGCCAACGACUCCUCGUCUGAGACCUCGUUCUCCUCUGACAGCAGGAGAAAGUCCCGGUCCAGGUCCAGGUCCAGCUCCCACUCCCGAUCUAGGUCCCAUUCCAGGGAGGAUGGGGCCGUACCCAAGAGGGGCUCCAGCAGGGCCACCAGCAUAGAAGUCCACCACAAGCUCGACAGGCUGGGACUGUGGAUGGAGAGGCUAAUGGAGGGCACCCUACCCAGAUUACAGGUCCCCGCAUGGCCCUCUCUUGGUGAAACCACUAACUCCUCCACAGAGAGCUGAGGUCUAGGUCAGAAAGGUCGGAUGGUAGUGGAUACACUUUGCCGUCUGAUUUAAGUUCCUUUUAGCAAGAAAGCUGCAGAACAAUGUCGCAUUUUACAAACAAUUAUUUAAGUUCUCUUUUACAGAGGUAGGUUGCGGCACUGAGCUGUUGCGACCUGUUUACAGAAGGUCUUAUUUUAUCUGUUAGACAGUUUGAAGCAGAUGGAAAAUGUUGGCUUAGAGUGAAUAGUGAGCUACCACAAACCUUUAAUAUGCGCUUGAGGCAAAGUGUGCGCUGCAUGAUCCCGCUUCAUGUCUCCUGUACAGAGACAGAAGGAGGUAAAAGAAGAACACACACCACGCACGCACACACACACACACACACACAGGUAGUGGUUGUGUGUUUAUUACCCACAAACGAUAAGCAUCAUGGUACAGACUUUAGCUGGAGCUGUGUGUUACACAAUAACUCCAGUUCUUUGUGUUUUAUUUUCUCUCUUUAACCUUCGUCUCUGUACAUUCAUUAGGUGAAAUCAUACAGCUCAGAAUAAGCGCAAUUGCUUUGCUUUGCUUCAGUCCUUCGAACCACCAAGAGCCUCUAAAAUUUGCUUUAAGCCUGAACACAUCUUUAUAAUUGAAAUCAUGACUUUUUACUUUUGGCAGUAUGUGGAAGCAGGUUAAGACAAAUAAAGCUUGGAAACUGAGUUUAUAGUUUAUUUUUAAUUUUUAAACUUUUAGUAGCCUUCAGUUGAGAUUAUUGACCUUUUGUUUGCUGUUGUAGAUCUGACAAACCUUUUGAUUCGAGGCAUUAAGAAUUUCACAGCAUUGUAAGCAGCAAGAAACUUCUUCAGUCACAUAACAUUUACAUUUGUCAGUAUGGUAAUUGGUAAUCAUUGAAUGUCAUGAUGUUUUCUGCUCAGACCAAGUUGCCAUGUCCUGCUGCUGUUUAGGGAUUUAACAUUAACACAUGCAACCAGCCUAGUUUAAAUAUCAUUUUGGGUAAGUGGUACUGAAAGUAAAAUCUGCCUUUUUGUCUUUUUCUGUUUUAUUUGGAGCUGGUUUCACUUAUUUGUUUCCUUUUUUCUUUUUUAAGUUCUUGUGAAUUGUCUGAAUCAAGGGAAAAAGAUAAAUACCACCAUAUUAUACUUGCCCUUUGCAAGCCUAUGCCCUUAAACCACUGUAAAUGUCAAUGCAUGGAAUAUGUAGACCUGAAAUCACUAAUAAAUGUUUAGUGAAUUUGCACUGGCAACUUAAACGCUUCACCCCCCCCCCCCCCCCCCCCCCCUCUCUCCUGUUACUCUGUAAUUGAAUAACUUUCUGCUCAAAACAUACUUGCAGUACACUGUAACUAGUAAUUAUUUUGUUCUUGUAUAUCCUUUGAACUUCAUUUGUGUAUAUCUAACUGUGAGAAAUGAAGUGUAAAUUAUUAAAAAUCCAACUGUGAGAAAUAAAGUGUAAAUUAUUAAAAGGAA